UUAGUGGGAUCUGAUCCAUGUCCCGCUUCCUUGGGAAUGCCGGGAGGGACCCCGGAAUUCCAGCAGCGCCUCCCAGGGAUCUUCUCCAUCGUCCAUCUCCGUGCUCUGAUUCCCAUUCCCGGAAUUUCCCAGGAAGCGCCGGAAUUCUGGGAUUCCCGGUCCGGAGGAGCCGUCUCCUUCCCACGCCAGAAUUCCCGACAACGCGCUCACCUCAUCCCACCUUCCCCCGGGAACGGGAAUUGCGGGAACGGGAAUUGCGGAUCCCAACCGAUCCCAGCUGGGAAUUCCAUGGGAUCUGCUCCUCUCCCCGCCGGGAUCUCCCCCAUCCCAUAAACCCGCUUUUCCCGGGAUCAGACCCGCCCUCCCCUUAUGGAAUUCCACCCGGGGAAAGCGGGAUUCCUCUCCCUGCUCCUGGUGGCCGCCCUGAGCCGCCAAUCCCUGGAGAAAUCCCUUCCGUCGGCCGAGCGGGAGCAGGAGGAUUCCCGGGAAAGCCCGGGAUUGAUCCGGUGUGGGGAAUACAGCAACCAGGUCCUUCCCAACGGGCGCUGCCGGAUCGUGGCCACGCUGCCGCAGGGCGACGAGCGGCGCUGCCCGGAUCUGUUCCGCUGCACCGACGAGGUCUCCUUCUGGCUCCACGAGAACGAGGAGCGCAAGCAGCAGAUCCUGGAGCUGCGGGAGCUGAUCUCCGAGCUCCAGGAGGAGCUGAGGAACCACCGGCAUCGCAUCAAAGCCCUGGAGAGCCAGGUGGAAGGGGGGGGUUUUCCAUGGGGUUUUCCGUGGGUUUUUCCAGCUCCGGGAAUUUGGCAGGGUCAGGGCUCAGAUCAGGAGCAUUCCAGGGAAAAUUUCUUCAGCUCUAAAUCCUUGAUGUCCUCCACUGUUGGAAGGGUUUUAGAUCCAUCCCAUUCCCAAAGCCCUGGAGAUCCAGCUGAAAGCGUUUUUUCUCUGUGGGAUUUUACGGCUCUGGGAAUUCGGAAGGGUUGGGAUUUGCCAUUCCCAGAAAUCAAACACGGCCGGAAUUGUCCCAUCGACUGCGCCUCCGUCUAUUCCAACGGGCUCCGGCGCUCCGGGAUUUACAGCAUCCUGCCCUCGGUGCGCGGCGUUCCCAUCGAGGUCCUCUGCGAGAUGGACACCGAAGGAGGGGGCUGGACCGUUAUCCAGAGGCGCCAGGACGGAUCCGUGGAUUUCAACCGGACGUGGAACGAGUACAAGGAAGGAUUCGGGGAUCUCCACGGGGAAUUCUGGCUGGGCAACGACAACAUCCACAGGAUGACGAGCCAAGGGGAUUAUUCCCUACGGAUCGACCUGGAAGACUGGAAUAACAAACACAAACACGCCUUCUACCAGGUCUUCAGAGUGGGAAUAAGAGGAUCACCGGAGCGAUCCGUGAUUAUCCCAAAAUUCUCAGAUUUCCGAGGGGUGGUUUUCCCCCGUGAUCCCAUCCCAAAGAUUCUUCCGAGGUUUCCUCCUUUCUCCGCUUCCCAGGGCGGCCGCUAUUCCAUCAAAAACCGGCGGAUGCUGGGCCCGGAUGGGAUCGUCUGGUAUUCCUGGAAGGACACGGACUAUUAUUCCCUACGGAAGGUGGUCAUGAUGAUCCGGCCGCGCUCGUUCCGGCCCCGCCUCUCCCCGUGAUCCCGGGAUAUUCCCUGUCCCGCAUCCCCGCGGAACGUUGGGAACGGAGGGAUGGGAAAGGGGUUCUGGAAGGAUUUGGUGGGAACGGAUCCAACCGGGAUCCACCGAUGUGGGAGAUCUCCCGGGAAUGUGGAGGCGAUUCCUGGGAAGAGCGUUCCCCAAGGCUAAAUCCGGUUGUCGGGAUGUUGGGAAUCAGCUCCGAGCCGAUCCCUGUGGAAUUCCGCCGCCUCCAAGCCGAUGGAAUUUCCCGUGGGAAGCAACGGAAGCGAUCCUGGGGGAGUUUUUCCAUGUGGGAUUCGAUGGAGCUGCUGCUUUUAUUCCCGAGGAUUUGCGUCCCGCUUCCGAAGAUCCCGAAGAUCGGCGGGAUCGGCUCUGGGAGGAGCCGGGAGAUCCGAGGCGCGUUCCCGGGGAUGGAAUCCCGGGAAAACGAGGAUGGACGGUGCUCCACACCCAAGCAUCAAACUCUGGGAAUAAAAAUAUUCCAAAGGAAAAGAUUCCAAAGGGAAAA